AUGGGCUCUUCAUCUGUUCAAUGGGUUUACGCUAAUGGUUGCAAUUGGGUUGUUCUGGAUGCCCUUGCUCAACAGCAUAUCGAAAGUCUAUGGUCACAAAACGGAGCUAGUUGGAUUCAAAGCAGAUCUUUCCGAGCGCCUAUUUACGUUGAUAUCAGUCAAAUGGUACUACUUUGUAAUGGUACUUCUUAUACUAUUGCGCGCCGUAGAACAUAG